GUUCCAAUUUGCCAUUUGAAUUUGGCACACACACACACACACACGAACAAACGAACUAAAUAUAGCCAAAAGUUAAGUAAACAGCCAAAACUCUUUUUGACAGAUAAUGGCGCAAGCCUAGCAGCUAAAAUAUUCGCAAGAUACAAAAGUCCAAGCUGCCAAUAGGAUUAAACUAAAUACAGCGCCAGGCGAAAUUUACGAGCUAACACCCACACACACAUACACACAUACAGCUAUACAUUUGUGCUACAGUUCUAUAGACGUCAGUUGCCAUGGACUUCAAGGAGUAUCGCCAAAGGGGCAAGGAGAUGGUGGACUAUAUAGCGGACUAUCUGGAGAACAUACGUGAGCGACGCGUUUUUCCGGAUGUUAGUCCCGGCUAUAUGCAGCAGCUGCUGCCCGAAUCGGCGCCCGUGGAGGGCGAGCCCUGGCCCAAGAUAUUCGGCGAUGUGGAGCGCAUUAUUAUGAGCGGCGUUACCCAUUGGCAGUCGCCGCAUAUGCAUGGCUACUUUCCAGCCCUGAACUCGAUGCCGUCGCUGCUGGGCGACAUGCUGGCGGAUGCUAUCAAUUGUUUGGGCUUUACCUGGGCCAGCUCGCCGGCAUGCACCGAGCUGGAGAUUGUGGUAAUGAACUGGCUGGGCAAGAUGAUUGGACUGCCGGAUGAGUUUCUGCAUUUGAGCAAUAAUAGUCAGGGCGGCGGCGUGCUGCAGACAACGGCGAGUGAGGCGACGCUGGUUUGCCUGCUGGCUGGACGCACACGCGCCAUACAGCGUUUCCAUGAGCGCAAUCCGGGCUAUCAGGAUGCGGAGAUAAAUGCGCGGCUGGUGGCCUAUUGCUCGGAUCAGGCGCACUCGAGCGUGGAGAAGGCAGCGCUGAUUGGACUCGUGCGUAUGCGUUAUAUUGAGGCGGAUGAGCAGCUGGCCAUGCGCGGCAAACUGUUGCGCGAGGCCAUCGAGGACGACAUUAAGCAGGGCCUUGUGCCAUUCUGGGUUUGUGCUACACUUGGCAGCACUGGCAGCUGCAGCUUCGACAAUCUGGAUGAGAUUGGCGUCGUUUGUCGCGAGUACAACCUGUGGCUGCAUGUGGAUGCAGCCUAUGCGGGCAGCGCCUUCAUCUGUCCGGAGUUUCGCACCUGGCUGCGCGGCAUUGAGCGCGCCGACUCGAUCGCCUUCAAUCCCAGCAAGUGGCUGAUGGUGCACUUUGAUGCCACCGCGCUGUGGGUGCGCGACAGCACCGCCGUGCAUCGCACCUUCAAUGUGGAGCCGCUGUAUCUGCAGCAUGAGAACUCCGGCGUCGCUGUGGACUUUAUGCACUGGCAGAUUCCGCUGAGUCGUCGCUUUCGCGCCUUGAAGGUUUGGUUUGUGCUGCGCUCCUUUGGCAUCAAAGGGCUGCAGCGUCAUAUACGCGAGGGCGUGCGUCUGGCGCAGAAGUUCGAGGCGCUGGUGCUGGCCGAUCAUCGCUUCGAGCUGCCCGCCAAGCGGCAUCUGGGCCUGGUCGUGUUUCGCAUACGCGGCGACAACGAAAUCACCGAGCGACUGCUCAAGCGGCUCAAUCAUCGCGGCAAUCAGCACUGCAUACCGUCCUCGCUCAAAGGACAGUAUGUCAUACGCUUCACCAUCACGUCCACGCACACAACGCUGGAUGACAUCGUCAAGGACUGGCUGGAGAUCAGGCAGGUGGCCACGCUGGUGCUGGACGAGAUGAACAUUACCAUUGCCAAUCGCGUUUAUCUCAAGGACACCAAGGAGAAAAGCGAAGCCUUUGGCUCCAGCCUGCUGCUCUCGAAUUGUCCACUGUCGCCCAAGGUGGUGAAUGGCUCCUUUGCUGCCAUUUUUGAUGCUGAUGAGUUCUUGGCCAAGACCUAUGCAGGCAUACGCAUAACGCAUCAGGAGUCGCCAUCGAUGCGUCGUCGAGUGCGUGGCAUACUCAUGUCUGGCAAGCAGUUCUCGCUGGACUCGCACAUGGAUGUGGCUGUGGUGCGCACAACGCUGGACAGUCACAGUGGCGACACCAAUAGCACUGUGAACUCGUAUGGACGCACUACACGCGACUCGGGCUCCUCGCUGGCCAGCGCUGCUGAGGAGAAUUGCAUACGCGAGGAUAAUGAAGAGUCCGCCGCGGAAGAAAUUGAGCUGCUGCAAAUUGAGCGACGCCGCAGCUCCAACUCGCAGUCAUCUAGUCAUAGCCAUAAUCUAACGCCUGCGUACCACUUCCGACCUAUUACACUGUAUACACCACAAAGCUACAGCCGCGACGUCAGCAGCACCACCGUCAAUAGUCUCUUUACGCCUGUGAGCCACUGCGAUAUUUAUCAUGGUAAGCGCUUUCUGGAGCCCGUCAAUAGUCUGUGCGACAACAGUUCGUUCACCAGCAGUGUCUAUCAUAUGCCCACGCCCAUAACCACGCCCACGGAGCCAGCUGCGCCGCCCUUUGACUUUGAGGACUACGACUGGCCGGCGAAAACGUUUGGCCAGCUGCUGCUCGAGCGCUAUACCUGCUCCUCCUCGCUUUCCGGCGAUGGCUCCUCCACAGGCAGCAGCAGUCUUGAUCAAGGCGGCGUUACGCCCACCUCACAUAGUCACACCAAUAGUUUGAGCAGUCUCAACGAACUGGCUUCACCGCUGCUCGGUUCGUUUGCUUCCCAAUCCCAACCACUGCACUCGGCAUUGGGCGCCUCGAGGCUGAGCGACUCAGAUGCAACUAUAUGCUCAGCAGCCUCCUCGCUGGAAUCGCUUUAGUCGUUUAUUCUAUUAGCAUAUUAUAUAUUUUUAAAAAUUUAAAUUUCACUGCUGUGCAAUCAAUAAUCUUACCUUAACAUAUGUAGUAGCCAAAGUGUUUAGAGAUCAAACUAAAAAGCUUCAACAUGUAAUAUAUAUAUAACUUUAAUCCAAUGCUAAUCUCAAACAAAGUAUAACAUAUUAUAGAAAAC